AUAAAGGUAGCUCAACUAGAUACAUCGAUUUAGAAAAUAAACGAGUGCUUGUAAAAUACUUGACGUUUUAAAAAUGAAACACAGUUUCUUCGACGUAGUAGUUUUUACUGUAUCAUGUGUAUUGAUCGACACUAUUCAAGCCGAAAUAUGUGAAACAUCAUGGAUGAAACAUGAAUGUAAUGACCAACCUUGUCCUGGUGACAGGUGGUAUAGAAACUGCAACCGAUGUUGUAAAAUGAAAAGCACCUGGUUUUGUGUUCAUGAUGUAUACUAUCACAAUUGUGAAGCUACUGGACAAGGAAGCGCGACUACUGAAGGAUAUUUUACAGAUAGGCCAUAUCAAGCACAAGACCCAUAUGACAACACGGAAGAAUAUUCAUCAGAUAGCAACAAAGCGUCCGUAAGGAUUGGUGUUGUUGGUUCAAUUGCAUCUGGAGCAAUAUUUACCAUUGUUGCAUUUAUAAUUUUUGUGCUUUUGAGACGUCGUCGAAAAAGUAAUCAACUUAGAAGGAAUAUUCCGUUACCUUCCGCCAAUAACCAAAUAGACAGGAACAAUGGAGAGCCACGAAGUAAUCCGGGAUAUAAUGUAGGAGUCUUCGACAGCAUAACAUUUAUAUGUGCAAUCAUGACGCAUUGAUGGUCAGUUGCUGAGAUUGAAUACAUAAUCCAUAGAAAAGCUUGACGUGCAAUAUAUAUGUAAUAUCCUGUUCUGAGUUGGUGUGCUUCUACAUGGAAGAAUACGGAAUAUAACAAAGAACCAGGAAUCAUAAAGACUUGUUAUAUGAGUUCCAUUUCAGUUGUACUCAUCUUAAAAAACAUUCUAGAAGAAAAAAAAAUCCCAUUACCAUGCAUGCAUCAUACUCAUUCAUUUUAUGUUGACGUUUGGAAUUUCUUAUGACAAGGAUUAAAUUGGUGACGGUUGUGUCCUAAGAAACAUUUUAUUAAUUCCAUCACUGAAUGUUUCUUAUCAUUGCUUGUCAUUGCUUGAAACUUUUUAUUUGAUAGAUGAUCUAUGCUUGAUAUAGCCUCCAAUAAACUUGUCAAGAUUGUA